AUGACUUCAGAGAAGGAUAUUCGGGAACCCCUCCUGCCCUUUGGAGGCCCCCAAUCGCACCCAAAAUGGAUCCAGUCAGAACCAAGAAACAAACGACGAUGUUGCAUAGAUCACAUGACAUUCGUCUUGCUUCUCGCUGUUGCAAUUUGGAUAGCAAUGGUUAUAAACUUCUUCCUACCUCAAACCUUUCAUCAAGAUCUCCAGCUCACAUCUCCCUCUCUUCAAAAAUGCGCUUGGACUUCUCUUCAACACCAUACUUCUCUUCUUGAUGUAAAACGCAUCGCCAGAGAAGAAUUCCUAGAACGUCAAUCUAUACUUGCUCUCGCGUUGGAAAAGGCAGGCGUGGAUGCAUUUAUUGCCGAGCCUUCUGCUUCAACAGCAUAUUUCACUAAUAUCUCUAGUUCGUUUGAACUUUCCGAAAGACCUUUUUUGGUUAUUUUGGAUAAGAAGGGGCAUGCGUCGUUGCUGGUGCCGAAAUUUGAGAUAGGGAGGAUUACGGCAUUGGAUAUGGUAUUUGAGGAGAAGAGUGUUAUUGAAUGGAGAGAAGAGGAGUCGGCUUAUGAUGUAUUGGUUAAGGAAACGGGUUAUAAGAAGAUUAUGUUGGAUGAACAUGCGAGAUUUAUGAUUGCGGCGGGUCUUCAAGCAAAUGGUGUGGAAGUGCUUCCUACGAGUUUGGAUAUUCAGUCUUUGAGAGCGGUGAAGAGUGAGAAGGAGUUGGAUAUUUUGAGGGGGGUGAAUGAGUUUACGGUGCAAUUGGUCAGGAGUUUACAAACGUGUAUUUCGGUGGGUAUGAGUCAGGAAACCAUUGUGGAAGCUGCUUCGGGACUUUUCACCCAAGCGGGUGUUGGGGCGGGAUUUUGGUCUAUUAUACUUUUUGGAGAACAAGCUGCAAAUCCUCAUGGUGGUGGUAAGGGGCGGGUUCUCCAGGAUGGAGAGUUUGUCCUGGUUGAUAUUGGUACUUCACUCCAUUCAUACGGUAGCGACGUGACACGUACGAUUCUCCCCGUGAAAUCGAAAGUUAGCAAAGAGUUAAUGGAUAUGUGGCACUUGGUACACGAUGCACAAUCCGCAGCGAUAGAACGGAUGAAUAUCAACGAAACAUGUUCGGCUGUGGAUGAGGCGGCUAGGAAAGUAAUUACAGAGAAAGGAUACGGAGAAUUCUUUACACAUAGAUUAGGUCAUGGCUUGGGCUUGGAAAUGCACGAACAUCCUUAUUUAAACGGGGUUAAUGGGGAAAAAUUAAAAAUGGGAGAAGUUGUUACUAAUGAACCUGGUAUCUAUAUAACCGCAGCACAAGCGGCCAAAUUACACAAACCCGCUGGUUUUGGAGUGAGAAUUGAAGAUGCGGUUUUGGUUACUGAGAAGGGGGGGGUAGUUAUGACGGGGUUAAGGGCUAGGUCGCCUUAUGAGCCUUGA